AUGGAGCUCGCCGGAGCCGCGUCCCCUCGCCCGCCGCCGGAAUCCCACGUGGCGCCGCCCCGCCCACCUCCGCAGCCGCCGGAAAAGGAUUUAUGUGAAGAUAGAGGGGACAUGAGGGUCACUGGGGAAAAGCCAUGCACACAUCAGGAAUUAGACGUUGAUCAGACAAAUAGUUCUAGCCUUAACAUUUCCAGUGAGUGUGAGAAUCAGACACCCAGCAAUGACGAAAUAUCGGGAUCAGAGUCCAAUUUGGAGAUAGCCAAGACUGAGGGUGAUGUACCGAGUGGAGAGAAGGUCCUGAAGAAGCCAGACAAAAUCCUGCCAUGCCCUCGCUGCAAUAGCAUGGAUACAAAGUUCUGUUACUAUAACAAUUACAACAUUAAGCAACCAAGGCAUUUUUGCAAGAGUUGUCAGAGGUACUGGACUGCAGGUGGAAGCAUGAGAAACAUCCCUGUCGGUGCUGGAAGGCGCAAGAGCAAGAGCUCCAGUGCGAAUUGCCACAGCAUAUUGAUUCCAGGCAGCAGUAUAGCUACUCCUGGGGGAGAGGCUUCCCUCUUUCCGUUGUCCAUAAAAGGAAAUCAAGCGGCAGUCAGCUUUGGGCCUGAUUCCCCUCUCUGCAACUCCAUGGCCUCUGUGCUGAAGAUUGGAGGAGAGCAGAUUAAGAGUUCCAACCCUGCCUCAGCAGCACAGCCCAGAAAUGGAGAAAACAAGACGUGCCCACGUUCUACUACACCAUCAGAUGGUCCAGGGAAUGAAUCACAAAAAGGAACAGCGAGUGCACAUCAAAAUGGAAUUAUUGGGCAAAGCAAUGGAGUCACUUCUGUGCAUCCUAUACCAUUCUUCCCUGGACCGCCUUUAGUGUACCCAUGGAGUCCAGCAUGGAAUGGCAUUCCCACCAUGGCAGCAGCGGUGUGCCCAGCCCCAGCCGAAGCAGCAAAUUCUUCAGAAAAUGGCACCGCAAGCAGUAAUGUUCAAUGGAAUGUGCCACCAAUUGUGCCUGUACUGCCACCGGGAUUCUGCGGUCCAAUUCCAGUUCCGGUUAUGCCACCUUCGGUUUGGCCAUUCAUUACUCCUUGGCCUAACGGAGCAUGGAACGCACCAUGGCUUGGACCUAGCUCUACCGUGCCAGCAUCAUCUCCAACAAGCAGCAGCACAUGUUCCGACAGCGGCUGUCCUGUCCUAGGAAAGCACUCCAGGGACUCCAAACCUGAAGGAGAUGAGAAGGCAGAAAGAUGCUUAUGGAUCCCCAAGACGCUUCGGAUCGAUGACCCUGUCGAAGCUGCAAAGAGCUCAAUCUGGACCACCCUUGGGAUCGAGCCUGGUGAUCGAGGCAUGUUCAGACCAUUCCAGUCGAAACCUGAAAGGCAGGAGCAGAUAUCCGGCGCCGCUCGAGCCCUGCAAGCAAAUCCAGCAGCUCUGUCACGCUCGCGAUCUUUUCAGGAGACAACAUGA